AAGACUACUAAGACUAACUGGACUGGUAAAUAUUGUCUCCAUUUUAUAACUAAAGAUUGCCGCGUCUUCAACCGAGGCCAGAGUAAUAAGCGCGAAACCGGCCCCCUUGCUCUUCUCAUAUAGAAAGCCGACGGUAUCGUCAUAACUUGAUACUACAUAUCUACCGCAACCCUUCCGGCUGUCGCCUUCGCAUCUCUUUUCUCGUCAUGUUGGCUUCAGCUCGCUCGCCCGCCUUUAGGAACAGCUUCCGUCAGUUUACCAAGAUACGCGCCGCGCAGACUCUCAGCAUGGCUCCCACCAAGCGAGCCAACAGUUCCUCAUCCUCUUCAAGCUAUGUCGAGAACCACUCAAAGGGACCAAUGCUGCGAUGGCAGGACUCUCUUCCACGAUUGCCCGUGCCGACACUCGAGGAGACAGCCAGCCGUUAUCUGAAGACGCUUCACCCUCUCCUGUCUACUAGCGAGUACGAGGCCAGCAAGAAAGCCGUUGACGAGUUUGUGCGUCCCGGCGGCGUCGGAUCAAAGCUGCAAGAAAAGCUCGUGGCCAAGCGUGAGGAUCCAAAGACGAAGAACUGGAUCUAUGAGUGGUGGAAUGAUGCCGCCUACCUCUCCUACCGCGAUCCAGUUGUUCCUUACGUUAGCUACUUCUAUUCCCACCGAGACGACCGCCGAAGACGAGACCCAGCCAAGCGCGCCGCUGCGAUUACAACAUCAGUCCUUGAGUUCAAGAAGCAGGUCGACGCCGGUACUCUUGAGCCAGAGUACAUGAAGAAGCUGCCCAUUUGCAUGGACAGCUACCAGUGGAUGUUCAAUGCCUCUCGAGUUGCAGCCAAGCCCGCCGAUCAUCCUGUCAAGUUCUCAGCCGAGGAGAACAAGCACAUUGUUGUUAUUCGCAAGAACCAGUUCUUCAAGAUUCAGCACGAGAUCGACGGAAAGCAGCUCAACACAUCAGAGCUUGAGCAACAGUUCAAGCACAUCUAUGAGGUCGCCCAGCGUGUCCCUGCUGUUGGUACACUCACCUCAGAGAACCGAGACAUCUGGACGGACGCUCGUGAUAUCCUGCUCAAGGCCAGCCCGAAAAACAAGGAUGCUCUUCAGGCUAUCGAGUCAGCCUCCUUUGUGGUUUGCCUCGACCACGCAGCACCUGUCACUCUUGAGGAGCGUGCUCAUCAAUACUGGCACGGCGACGGUGCCAACCGCUGGUAUGACAAGCCUCUGCAGUUCAUCAUCAACGAUAACGGCACUUCUGGAUUUAUGGGCGAGCACUCCAUGAUGGACGGCACUCCCACUCAUCGCCUCAACGACUACGUUAACGAUCUCAUCUUUGGAAACAAACUUGACUUCUCUGACCCCAGCAUCCGCUCUAACCUGCCCGACCCUCAGCUCGUCAAGUUUGAAAUCACUCAGGAAGUCCAGAACGAAAUUGAUCGUGCUACAAAGGACUUUAACGAUGUCAUUAGCAAGCACCAGCUUGCCGUACAAGCCUACCAAGGCUACGGAAAGGGUCUCAUCAAGAAGUUCAAGUGCUCACCAGACGCUUAUGUUCAGAUGAUCAUCCAGCUUGCCUACUUCAAGAUGCCAUGGCCGAAUUCCUCCGUUGACGACAAGACACGUGUAGAGCUUUUCCGCAAGGCCAUCAACGCCCAUAUCGAGUACAUCACUGCUGCAUCUGAUGGCAAGGGUGUUGACAGACAUCUCUUUGGACUCAAGAAGCUCCUUGAAGCUGGCCAAGAAGUCCCCGCCAUUUACAAGGACCCCGCCUUCGCAUACUCCAGCUCGUGGCACUUGUCCACUUCUCAACUCAGCUCCGAGUUCUUUAACGGUUACGGUUGGAGCCAGGUCAUCGACGCUGGGUUUGGCAUCGCAUACAUGAUCAACGAGAACAGCCUCAACUUCAACAUUGUAUCCAAGGGCCUCGGCAGUGACCGUAUGAGCUACUACUUGAACGAAGCUGCCAACGAUAUGCGCGAGUUGCUCACACCUACUCUCGAGCCUCCCAAGGCCAAGCUGUAA